GACUAGGUUGCUUUUUCCCCUCGUCUCCUUUUGCCUCAAGUUAAGUGCCACCUUGAAUUGAAGGCAGAGGCAAUUGUAAAAUUGAGCAAGCGAAGCCCGCUGGUCAACACGAUCCUUGAACUCGAUAAGAUUACUUUGUUGUGUAGACUGUACACGUAUGUUUGAACAACUGUAAAUGGCAACUAAAGGGUCGACUGCCGAACAUCGUUUUGGCUCGUUUGCACCAAUAAGGAAUGGAAGUCAAGCGAAAUGGUACGUGGACGGACAGGACUAUAUGGCAGCUGUUGCUGAUUCGAUUGAAGCAGCGAAACAGGAGAUCUUCAUCACAGACUGGCAACUCAAUCCACACAUCUUCAUGAAAAGGCCUGACUCGGGAGUCGACAGUUUACUUUGGCGUCUGGAUAAGAUGUUGCUGAGAAAAGCUGAGCAAGGUGUUCGCACGUACAUAUUACUCUACUGGGAAUCGAAGAAAAUAGCGGGUAUGGACCUUGGUAGUGAAUAUGCUAAAACUGUUCUGAGUCAUGACAACAUCGAGGUUCUUCGUCAUCCAGAUAUGACUAACCUCUUUCUUAAUCCUUCCACCAUGUUCAGGUGGAGUCACCAUGAGAAAGUGGUGGUUGUUGAUCGGAGUGUAGCGUUCGUUGGGGGCAUUGAUCUUUGCUUUGGCCGAUGGGAUACUCACAGCCACCUGUUAACAGAUCCCUUUGCACCUCAUCCCUGUGUGUUGGAGAGUGAUGAGUGUGCCAGAAUUCCUAAGAAAUCUAGAGUACAAUAUGCACAGUGGGUAGGUAAGGACUACGGUAACACCUUCCUACAUGGAACAAGAACUAACCUGGAUGAGCCUAUGAAGGAUGAUGUUGAUAGAAGUAAAGAUCCUCGCUUGCCAUGGCAUGAUGUGGCUUGCUCAGUUUCUGGACCUCCUGCUCUUGAUGUUGCCACACACUUUAUUCAGAGAUACAAAUAUCUCAAGCCACAUUACGGCUUUCAAGAUAUCCUACUGAAUACUGAACUUUAUCAGAUUUCAGAUCCAAGUGGUAGGAAUCUCACGAUACAAGUUCUCCGUUCAGUGGGCGAAUGGUCAGCCGGUCAGCCAAAGGAAACCUCUAUCUACAAUGCUUAUCUACGCGCGAUUGAGAAUGCAGAGCAUUUUGUUUACAUCGAAAAUCAAUUUUUCAUCUCAUCUCACGGGGAAGUGCACAAUAAGGUAAUGCAAACCUUGGCUGACAGAAUUUAUCGUGCUCAUCAACAAGGUCAGGAUUUCCGCGCAAUGGUCAUCAUACCAUUAAAGCCAGAGUUUCCAGAGAAAUGGGACACAGACGAUAACUUAAGACUUGUGAGCUACGAGACUUAUGCCACCAUCUACCGUGGGGAAGAUUGUUUGAUGAACAGGCUGAAAGAAAAGGGAAUUCCAUCAGAAGCAAUACCUAACUACUUCAGUGUGCAUGGUUUGCGGACACAUGGGUCUCUAAAUGGGAACCUUGUGACGGAGAUUGUUUAUGUGCAUAGUAAGCUGAUGAUUGUUGAUGACCGAGUGGCUAUCAUAGGGUCAGCAAACAUCAAUGACCGCAGCAUGCUUGGAGACAGGGACUCAGAAGUAGCAGUAAUCAUACAAGACAAUGAAAUGAUGGAAGGGAAGAUGAAUGGAAGACCCUACCAAGUGGGAAAGUUCUCUCACAGUCUACGCUGUCACUUACUAAAAGAACAUCUUGGCCUUCUAUCAGAAAUGACUGCAACACCACUAAAUUUCACGGUAGAAGACCCAUUGACAAUCGCCUUCCACAGUACCGUUUCAAAACUAGCUGAGAAAAACACGCGUAUUUUUGAGCGCGUAUUUGGGGGAAGAAUACUUCCAACAAAUGAAGUACAGAACUUUUAUAAACUUAAGGAGUGGAAAUCACGUUCAGGUGUUGCUGAUCAGCAUUUGGAGAAAGCUACAGAGGAGUUGCAUGAGAUUCAGGGAAGAAUUGUCCUCUUUCCACAAUUCUUCUUGAAAGACUGCUUGAAACCAUCUUCCCUUAUGGCGAGGAUGGGUGAAUAUUUCAAUAUUCAACAUGAGGGAGAAACACCUACAUCAACAAAUGAGGUACGGAACUAUGAAUGUAUGGAGUGGCCAUUACUUUCAUGUGUUGCUUGUCAAGCUUUGGUGGAAGUUAUACAGGGGUUUCAUGAGCUAGAGAUUUAUAGAUUACAAGUAGCGCGCCGCCGAGCCGAGCGUGACGCAGGGACGAGCAGAGCCGAGCGUGACCCAGAGCCGAGCAGAGCCGAGCGUGACCCAGAGCCGAGCUGUCAUGAAUGUAUGGAGUGGCCAUUACUUUCAUGUGUUGCUUGUCAUGAUUUGGUGGAAGCCAUAAAGGAGUCGCAUGAACUAGGCAUUUGUAGAUUACAAGUAUGGCGCCGCCGAGCCGAGCGUGACGCAGGGCUGAGCAGAGCCUGGCGUGACCCAGAGCUGAGCUUUCAUGAAUGUAUGGAGUGGCCAUUACUUUCUUAUCAUUAUUUGGUGGGAACUAUAAGGGAGUUGCAUCGGAUUUAUAGAUUACCAGAAGUUCCCCGCUUAGCCGAGCGUGACGCAGAGCCGAGCCUUGAUGAACUUAUGGAGUGGCUAUUACGUCCACGUCAAGCUCAUAUUGAUUCGGUGGAAGCUGUACGGGCUCUGCUUAAUAGACUUGCGGGUGAGCGCGCCGCCGAGCCGAGCGUGACGCAGAAAAAAGAAUGAGAAAGAAAUGGCCUCUCAAAAUCCUUCCCGCCCCCAGUAUUUCGCGUGGCCAUUUCUUUCUUACGUUUUUUUUCCCCGCGUCACGCGCGACGGACUAAGCGAAACAAGGACGCCUUCAUUGCGUUCUGAACAAAUGAACGUUCGGCCAUGCAUUAAUUUCAAGGAAACCCUGACAGGCUGGAUGCAAAAAAGCAACUCGAUUAAAUUUUUCGUUUUCAUCCCUUUUGUGUAAAACUGCAAAUAUCCAGCUAUCUGCCUAGAAGUACUAAUUAAGAAAUCACUACAAACUUUACUCACGGCAAGACAAUGUUAUCUAACAGCAAAACAAAAUUAAAUCACGGCAGAACAUAGCCUGCCAAAACAUCCGUCAUCAGUAUGGAAUUUCUGUCGCUAAGUCGCAGACGUUCCUCCGGGCGAAACGUCCCCAGCGGCGAAGAGUGAGGAGAAACGGAUGUUUUCGAAGGCUAGGCAGAACACCAACUCGCGGCAAAACAGAAUUUACUCACGGCAAAACAAAGAAAACGAGUUUGUGAACGAUUGUUAUUUGCAUUUAAAGUGGUACGCCGCGUGACAGUAACACACCGCUCGCUAGGAAACCGCCAGUGCAGUGCAGUUUCCCUUAUCUGCGAAUUAUGUCGAAUGUCGGUCGUUUCGCCUACAAGUCGAUUCGCCUACUGAUCGAAUUCGUUUCGCCUACACGAAGCUAACCUCGUUUAUGAGUUGAUAAUUGAAAAGAAUUUUUACUUUCAAACAAGGUUAGUUGGGCUACUUUAAAUACGCACAAAAGAAUUUUAAAUUGGCAGCCAUUUAUUAAUAGGGUCUAUAAAAGGGCAGUGAAUUACAGACCGAGCAGUUUGUCCGACUUCUCACGUGCCUAUCGUUACUAGGAACUAAAAGAGAUGCAAAUACGAAUGCUUUAGAUUAAGAAACGUACCUUUACCACAGCCUUUGCAAAAGUUGGCAUUUUGAUCGACUGACGAAUACUGCUCCAUUUCUAUCGAGCCGUGAAAAAUGAAACAUUGAUCGCGAAAAAAUAAUUUAGUUUCAGAGCUGAUUAACGAAAAAAACUAAUUGUUUCUCUAAAUAGAAACAAAAAUGUGAAUCGAAAAAUAUAACUUAACCCGGCGUAGCUAAUCGAACAAAAUUGAACGGAUUUUAAUCGAACUCAGGAUUGAGUUCGACUGGGUCGGUAAUCGAACGUAACCAAACUCACAAAAAAAUUUGGGGUAAUCGAAUAGUGGCGACAGUUUGGUUCGCUCAAUAAUUAAAAGCACGACAACAUUUUGUGUCUGAUAGGAUGGCUUUGUAGCUGUACCAGAAUUUGCGCUCUAUUCCCGGGUCAAUUGCAUCCGGUCUCCUAAUUGCCGAGCCGGGAAUCGAACGUGUUUCACGGAUUCUGUUCGAUUUCCGAACCCAGUUGAACUCAGUCCAUCGGAUUGAGUUCGAUUGGGUUCGAUUAAGUUAAUCGAACUCACAGAAAAUUUCCUUGUUCGAUUAUGUUCUAUCACCUAAUCAAUCAAACUCAAUCUAUGGAUUGAGUUCGAUUAACUUCGAUUGGGUUCGAUUACCGAACGUUCGAUUAGCUACGCCGGGAACUUAAAUAUUGGAGACGAACGAAAAACAACUUAUUCGAAGAACAUAGACGAUUUCGAGUCGCUCACCGCCAAUUGAAAACACUGUAAAUUUCAGGGAGGACGAAAUACCUUUGACGUCCUUUUAAUUUCAUGUACCAAGAAACUUUCGUUGAUACAAACUUUGUACUCCAGUGGUGAUUUAAAAUGAAAACGAGUUUAAAUCGACGGUUUUCGAGUCUCCCGAGUUCGCCCAGAAGAACUGGCAGGUAUAUUUUGCAGGUUCUAGGUUGCAGCCUGAAAAAUCAACUUUUGAGUCUCGGAUAGCCUACAUAGCACUCCGGUUAGCAUAAAUCAGCUUAGGUUGCUUGCGGUUAGCCUUUGUAUUGGAGUUUAUUCAACUUCAAUUCGAAUGAACAGCUCAUUUCGACCUGCAACCUGCAACCUGCAAAAUAUACAUGCUGCAGAAAAACGCAUUUUUUAACUGGCGUACGUGCAUUUGUCGAUACUCUACCGAGUAUCAGUCGAUACUCGAUCGAUAUAUCGGUCGAGUAUCGACCGACACUUGACCGACAAUCGACCGAUAUAUAACCGAUAGUUGACCGAUAUAGUAUCGUGGUCGAUACGUCGACCGACAUUAAGUGGACUAUCGGUCGAUACUCCACCAGCACUAGAUCGAGUAUCGGUCGAGUAUCUACCGAUAUAUCAACCGAUAUAUCGAUCGAUACAUCGGUCGAGGCCCCCCAUAAGUACCUAGUCGCGGUUGUGAUUUUUUUUACCGAGAGUGACAGGAGUUUUUAAAAGGAUCUGAUCGUAUCUGAGGAUGACCGAAGUUUUCCGAGCUAGGAAUAUUUUUGAGUUCAGUUUAAACAUUGGUUACAUCCGAUAAUCUGAUCAUUGGAAACAGUUUCUUAACCACAAAAAUAGACAGUUAUUAGCGAUUAUUACUUAGAGAAAUGUUUUUUGUACAGCUGUGAGUGGAAUCGAAUUGUGGAGCAGCUUAUCAGCUUUGCGACAAGUAACAACUCUAAGAGAUUAUUUCCAAACUGAAAUAACUAUAUGUCGCCACAGUUUUGCCUUAAUUUACAUGGCAUCCUUGAAAAGCAGCUUCUUUUACAUUUUAAUGUAAUCCUCUUAUAAUUUUAGCUCUUAUAUAUACCGAGUUAGUUACUGAGUAUGUUUUUUAAAAGGAUCUGAUCGUAUCUGAGGAUGACCGAAGUUUUCCGAGCUAGGAAUAUUUUUGAGUCCACUUUGAACAUUAGUUACAUCCGAUGAUCUGAUCAUUGGAAACAGUUUGUUAACCACAAAAAUAGACAGUAUUAGCGAUUAUUACACAUCCCCUUGCUUAUUACUUAGAGAAAUGUUUUUUGUACAGCUGUGAGUGGAAUCGAUUAGUGAAGCAGCUUAUCAGCUUUGCGACAAGCAACAACUCUAAGAGAUUAUUUCAAAACUGAAAUAACUAUAUGUCGCCACAAUUUUGCCUUGAAUUUACAUGGCAUCCUUGAAAAGCAGC